AUGCCUGAUACGCCGCUGGAUAUUUAUCAGGUCUCUCUCGAUCCCGAUUCUACUAACAAAGCUAUGCUGACUGCAGCAUCCUCGACAAUGCGCCCCACCGACGACGCAGCAUGCGGUGUUGGCGAGGCCGUCAAGGUCACUCGAGCGGCUCUAUUGAUGGGCGUUCGCGUACCAAUCUCGUGUAAUUGGACUGGAACUAGCUUUGGCCAAGAGGCUAUGGCUGACGAUGGGAGCCGAGGCCGGCCGAAUUACGUUGGAGUCGUGUCGCUUGCAUGGUCGUAUAUUUUGUCCGUUCGUUUACUGGAACUACAGAGACACGAGCGCGCCGAGGCUGUGUACACGACAUCUACAGCGAAUUGGUACUCCUUGCACCAUGUGUGUGGCCCUAAAUCGGCUUCCACCAUCGAUAUCGGCAACGUAGAUGCACAUGCCGCCCGAUGGUGGGCGGCUAUCUUAGCCCCGGGACAAGGCUGGAAGGCCAUUGUUCCUCAACGGGAAAACGAUGUCUACUUCGCGCCGUGGUCUCUUUCUCUAGAGGUCGACUCGUGUCCGAGCAUUGGGGUUUUCUUCUGUCAGCCGCCAGAACGGCCCGCGGGACUUUCCGGUAUCUUCCAGGUCGGUAGCAACGACAAGCGGCGGCGCACGUCCGAUUAUACCGCUCUCACAAGACCAGGAGGCGUCCCGUGA